CUACGUGUGUUGAUGUGCAUUAUAUAUAUGAUCGUAUUGUCAUUUAAUGUGUUCUAGAAAAAGUAAAAAACUUCAUGGUCAAGUUGAAGUAAAAUCGAUUAGCAGGAAAACCUUCACGUUUGUGAACAAUGAGGUCUUCCUGGGGUUUUCAUGCCCAGCUAACGUUUGAUGAAGCUGAAAAAAUACUUAAAGAAAAAGGAGCUAAUGGAAAUUAUUUGUGUCGAAGAAGUGCAACCACUCCGGGAAGUUACACACUAUCUGUGAAGCGUGGCAAUGUAGUGUGGCAUUUUAAGAUAAGAAACGAUGGUGAUUGCUUUGAGCUGUAUGAAAACGACGGAUUCGCAUCUGUGCCGGAUUUAAUUGAAUACUACCAACAAAAUCCCAGCAAAUUCAUAGAUGCGGAUGGCAACUGUGUGCAAAUGAGUGAGCCUGUUGCUUAUGAUGAUGAUAGCGAUCCUGGUUUGGAUAAAGAAAGGUGGUUUUUUGGAGAAAUAGGUCGCGGAGAAGCUCAUUCGUUCUUAAAACAGAGAGGCGAAGAUGGAUCGUAUCUUGUUCGUGAGAGUCGGUCCAAACCAGGAUCAUACGUCCUUUCGAUAAGACAUAAAAAUGAAGUAACCGAAUUUCUUAUCGAGUACACUGAUGGUACAUUUGAUGUGUCUGGAACAAAAUCUUUAAAAUUUCCUACAAUGCAACAUUUGCUGAACCACUUCACUGCUCAUCCACCUAUGGAUGUUCAUGGCAAUGUUGUCCCUUUGAAGGAGGCGUUGUGUGAUACUGCUGAAAGAAGAAAGAAUGACCAACGAAUGAAAAAAGAAUUUGAGUGGUUGCAACAAGAGGACAGAGCAAACACGAAUACAAAGAGUGAAGGACUUAAACCAGAGAACAGAGGAAAAAACAGAUACAGAAACAUUCUACCAUUUGACCACACACGCGUUGUUCUACGAAAUGUUGAUCCUAAUAUUUCGGGUUCAGAUUAUAUUAAUGCUAGUUAUAUUUUUGAUGACGAAAGCGGGGCGUUAUUUAUUGCAUCGCAAGGUUGUGUCAAAGCUACUGUAAAUGAUUUUUGGCACAUGAUAGAUCAAGAAAAUUCCAGAAUUAUUAUAAUGGUUACAAACGAAGUUGAAAAGGCAAAAAUUAAAUGUGUUCGUUAUUGGCCAGAACCUGGUGUAUCGAUGAAUGUUGGGAAAAAAAUCGUCACCAAUACUGGAGAGACGGCGACGCGUGAUUAUGUCGUGCGGCAGUUAGAGCUUUCUGACGAGCUACAUGGAAACCAACCAACACCGCCUCGCAAAAUCUUUCUCUAUCAAUUCGUUGGUUGGCCUGAUCAUGGUGUACCUGGUGACCCAGGAUCCUUACUGGAAGUUAUGCAACUCAUCGAAGCAACUCAAAAAACAUUUGAAUAUCCAGGACCUCCAGUUAUUCAUUGCAGUGCUGGCAUUGGCAGGACUGGGACAGUUAUCGUGAUCAGUAUGCUGAUGAGUUUGUAUCGAAUAAAAGGACAUUUGGAAGAAAGGGAUGUACCACGUACUGUUCAGAAGGUUCGACUACAACGUUCAGGCAUGGUUCAAACUGAGGCGCAGUAUCGCUUCAUAUAUAACGCUGUGGUAUUUUUCAUGGAAACAGUGGAACGAAGAGAGGUUGGAGCACAGCAAUCUAGAAAUCUGUACGGUAACCUGGACGCUAUGAGCGAAUUAUUGUCUGACUUAACUGGUGACCAAGAAGAUUUACCACCCCCUCCACCUAGAUCAACAAAAGCGUCGAUGAAGUCAAAACCUGUACCAAAACCAAAUUAAAGACCAACAUUCGAAUAUUGUACAAUUGCAAUAACUGUCUCUUGCAAAUUUUUAUUUGGAAGAACAAAUGUUUUUUUAUAAAAUCACAAUAUGUUUUAUAGAAAUGCAAAAAAAAACUUUUCCAUUUUAUAUACUAUUUAACACUGAGUAAUUCAUUACCUUCAUCCAAUUUUUAGAAAUAUAUUUUUCUUUUCAUUUUAUUUAUUUUAUAUUUUUAUCCUAUAUUGUUGUACAAAUCCUUUAAUUUUUUUGGCAUCUAAAAAUUUCCAACAACCUUUUUUUUGAAAGAUGGAAAAUUUUUAUGGCAGUGGCAAUAUUGUGGGGAUGCUAACAUUUGGUAAUUUUAGUUUUGUAUGAAAAUUAUAUAUUGAUCUGAAAGAGAUAACGUUUCUAAAAUCUAUAAUUUAAUCUUCUUUUGUUCAAUGUUGAUAUAUGCAUUUUUUUGAA